GCGCCUGGCCGUCCCGAUGCCCGAGCCCGGCCCCAGGAUGAACGGCUUCUCGCUGGGCGAGCUGUGCUGGCUCUUCUGCUGCCCGCCGUGCCCCAGCCGCAUCGCCGCCAAGCUGGCCUUCCUGCCGCCCGAGCCCACUUACACCGUGCUGGCGCCCGAGCAGCGCGCGCCCGCCCCCGCGCCCGCCGCGGCCCCCGCGCCGGCUCCCGCGGCCCAGCCCGCCCCGGCCGAGGAGGGCGCGGGCCCCGGCGGCGGCGCGUGCAGCCUGCACCUGAGCGAGCGCGCCGACUGGCAGUACUCGCAGCGGGAGCUGGACGCCGUCGAGGUGUUCUUCUCGCGCACCGCCCGCGACAACCGGCUCGGCUGCAUGUUCGUGCGCUGCGCGCCCUCCAGCCGCUACACGCUGCUCUUCUCGCACGGCAACGCCGUGGACCUGGGCCAGAUGUGCAGCUUCUACAUCGGCCUGGGCUCGCGCAUCAACUGCAACAUCUUCUCCUACGACUACUCGGGCUACGGCGUGAGCUCCGGGAAGCCCUCCGAGAAGAACCUCUACGCCGACAUCGACGCCGCGUGGCAGGCGCUGCGCACCCGGUAUGGUGUGAGUCCUGAGAACAUUAUCCUCUACGGGCAGAGCAUCGGCACUGUCCCCACCGUGGACCUGGCGUCGCGGUACGAGUGCGCAGCUGUCAUCCUCCAUUCUCCUCUGAUGUCCGGUUUGCGUGUGGCUUUCCCAGAUACCAGGAAAACAUACUGCUUUGAUGCUUUCCCCAGCAUUGACAAGAUAUCGAAAGUCACCUCUCCUGUGUUGGUUAUUCAUGGUACAGAGGAUGAGGUCAUCGACUUCUCUCAUGGCCUGGCAAUGUAUGAGCGCUGUCCCCGAGCAGUGGAGCCCCUCUGGGUUGAGGGCGCUGGGCACAAUGACAUAGAGCUCUAUGCACAGUACUUGGAAAGACUAAAACAGUUCAUAUCUCACGAGCUUCCCAACUCCUGAAGAAGCGGCCAACCUUACCUCACUUACUGUGAACGGAGGAGUCCUCGUUUGCACACUCUUUAACUGGACGAUAUCUAUAAUGGCUGGAGAACUCGGAGAAGGGCCCAACCCUUGGGGUAUUCUCCUUAAAGAGCUAACAAAAUCUCAGUCUUUUUGUACCUAAUUCCCACCUCCUGUUAGGCCGAGCAACUGAACUAUGGGGACUGUGUCCCAAUGCUGUAGACUAAAGUCUGUUUCUCGCCCUCACCGCCACCUCUUGUUGACUGACACGGGACUCAGCCCUCCACCCAUGUGCAGCGCCCUCUGCCCCCUGGCUCAUCCAUUCGUGGAGCCGUGAUAGUGUAACUGGAAAACUGUUGUAAAAAUGCCUUCAUUAUUAAUUAUUUCAUUAAUUUUUGUUAACAUGUCGAUCUUUCCCCACACAAACGAGUUAGAGAGUAAUUUUCUGGAACUAUUAAAAACAGCUUCAUCAACUGCAACCAUAUAAAUAUAACUGGAAUGUUCUUAACAGGAAACUGAAGUUUUUUUAAGUGUAAAUUUAUUACUAGCCAACAGAGUUUUAAUAUUUUGAUUGUCUGGUUGGUCUAACAGCCUGGCCGACUUCCCUCUGUAAAGUCCUUCCUGUCGGCUUUUUUAAAGUCCUGUACAUAUUUGCAAUGACAUUGUGCAUAGAUUCUUAAUGGUAGUUUUCUUUUGUCAGGCUACAACAACGGAUUGCAAAAUUCCUUGUUUGUAUUGUAAAUGAUUGAAUACAUUUUGUUAAUAUGUUUUUACUCCUAUGUUUUGCUAUUAAAAUUUUUAUAACAUUUCCAAGACAAAAAUUCCAAGUUUAUGCUUUGAAGAACUUAGGUAAUUAAAAUUUCCCUAAACUACUCUUUUUAGUUUAGGAGUUAUUUGGGUUUUGACACUGGAGUUGCGCCAAAUAAGCGGCAGAAAUGUACGAUGCUUAAAAUUGAUACACUACUUGUAUUGGUUGGGGACUGGGUUUGGGGUCCUUUGGUCUGAUUUUAGCUUAGUUUCUUUUCUUUCAAAUUUAAAAGCCUUAAAUGUACUGUAAGCCUCAGACUGUUGUACAACUGGGUUGCGUUGGUUGCCAGUUUGUGUGCUGUUGCCUGGGUGCGGCACAGUGGUUGGUAAUGGAAUAAAGGACGCAUGGAUCAGAA